ACGCUGUUCAUUUUGGGGGAGGGACGGGAGCGCCCGGGGAGAUCCGGGUCAUGUGCACGAGUAUGACGUGUUUGAUGAAAGCUAAACAGAGAAGGAGCUGCAGAGGUUAGGAGAGAUUAGACCCACCGUUGGUUCGGUACUUUGUGCAUACACAUUGUGUUGUUUGAAGAUGGCUGACGGCAGUUUUGAUCCCUGUGAGUGCAUCUGCUCCCAUGAACAUGCAAUGCGGAGAUUGAUAAGUCUGCUUAGACAAUCUCAGUCAUACUGCACCGACACAGAAUGUUUACAAGAAUUACCAGGACCAAAUCCUUCUGGAGAUGUUGGAAUCGGCAUUACUAUGAUCAUGAUGGCUUGGUUGGUGAUUGGGUUUACUUUAUAUCUCUUAAGACCUAGGAGUCUCAGAGGGAACUCAGCUUCUGGAAAGCCCAGCAGUCCUCACAAUAAUCAAGGUCAUGAUCCUCCAAGUCCUCCAGUAGACUAGAACCUCUUGGAUCUUUUAAACCUCUACAACUUUGCAAGACCAAAUAUAACCCUUGACGACCAGGCUACUCUCAAAUUGAUCAUUUAUGUUCUUGUAUAUUUAUGCAGGUCGAACAGAUCAUAGCUUCAAAAAUCCUAAAUCUUGAUAUUUCCAAAUGUAAAUUCAGUUCUGGAAUCUGCAUUCUCAUCUUGAUUCUAUGUUUUUCUUUUUUCUUUGAGGGGCAAUUACCUUCUUGUCGGAUAGCCAGUCUAAAUUCAUACAUUCAAAAGAUUGUACACAGGAUAUAUAAUGUGUAUUUAGUUAGCCUUAUACUGCUUUUGUUAGUUGGCCUUAUAAAUGUAUGGUUUACAUAACAAGUUAUGUUACAUAUUUUAUAUUUCUGUCUGUUUACGUGGUGCCCAUGCUGAAAUAGGAUAUUUAUUACUCCACACUCAUUUCUUCUAAAAUUUUUGCAUACCAUGUUGCAUCUCUAAGCAAUAAAAGCAUGUCAAAAGCAAUCUGUUGGAACUUCUAAAAGAAAUGUGAUACUAUUUCGGGAAUGUUUAUUUUUUUUUUUUUAUGUUGUGUACUGUUUAAGUUGUAUAGAUAAUAAAAUAGCACGUCAAGUUACUUCAGGUUACAUGGGGCAUAUUAACUUGUCUACCUUGUUUACUCGUUUAUUAAAAUAAACUGUACCCACAACAAAACAAUAAUGUGCAAAAGAGAUAUAUAAAUUAGGGAUAAUAUACAAGUUCAGUAGUAUAUUUAAAAAAAAAAGUUAAUUGAAACAGUCCUCUAAAUUUAAAUGAAUUAUGGUCUAUCAUAAAGCUGGCAAUUGUUGUGGGGGUUUUUUUCCCCUGUGAAGCUAAAGAAAUGUUUACACUGGUGACAAUAUAAUCACUUAAUUCGUUAACCAUCUUACACAUGUGCAACAUACUUCCUGAGAACCGACGCUUUCAUCUGUGAAGCAAAAUAAUCCCUGUUCUCAAUAAUACAUGGGGUUAUUUAACAAAACCUUUGAUUCCUGGGGAAAAUCUGUUUUGCAAUAUUUUCAUUAGUGAAUAUACACAUCAGUCUUCAUCUACCCCACACACACAAUGGCCUCUAUUUAUCAAAGGUCUUGCGGAUACGCUCUCCGAAUUUAACAUUGCACCAGCAGCUCACAAGAGCCGUACAUAGCUUGAUAAAUAUGGGCCAAUAUAUAUAUUUAAUUUAAGUAAAGGCAAAACCAAUCAAAAUGUCCAGUUGCUACUUAUUUUAUUGAUAUUUUUUUUUUCUUCCAUGUAAAUCUUCUACAAAAUGUUUGAAUUCUGUAAGAAAAUAAAUACAAUAUAGAGACAACAAUAUGUUAAUUCUGUUAGGAGUAUUUACAUGACUAACUGGAUAGGUUCCCAGCGGUGGUGCGGCGCCCGGGAACAAUAUUGGAACAGAGCGAUCAGCUCCAUAUUUACCUAAACAUGUUAUAUUUUUACAGUAGGAAUUACUUCAGAAAGUAGAAACGUGAGUGGGGGGGCCAUGGAUAGGUUUCCAGCGGUGGUUGCGGCACCGGGGAAGGUAUUGGAACAGAUAGCUCUGUUCCAAUAUCAUUCCUAGGCGCCGCAACCGCCGCUGGGAACCUAUCCAUGUCUCCCCCCCACACAGAUCGCUCUGUACCAAUAUAAUUCCCGGAACCUAUACCUUCCCUCCCCGUGUGGUACCUUCCAACUGGGCGCUGGAAUUUAGGACGCUAAACUACACGUUUACCGUUAUUUUUUUUAUCAAUAGUCACUUUCAGACAGAUCUGCGAGAUUCCUGUGUCUCACCAUCUUCCAUUGAAACCUAGUACUCACAGCAAAAACCAACAAGAAAAUAAACCGUGCAUUGAAGAUUAUCAGGUGCAAUGAGAGAGCAGUUAGUAGUGCUUAGGGAAUUAUGUAUUUAAUCCAUUGGCAUUUCAGUUAAGCUAAUUACAUUCUUGUCUUUCUUGCUUCUUUAGUUUAAUCAAAGGCUUUAUUGAAAAAGGAGGUAAAUAAAGGCAUUUAUCUCAUUUUCAUCUUACCACCUUCUCUGCUAAUAGACAACCGUGGCUGCUGACUGUUACUACAAAAUAAUGGAGCAACCAGAGUCAGUAAAGGAAAAUGUUCCUAUUGUUAUAAAAUCUAAUGACGUUUUAUUCUUCGUAAUCUAUGCUCUUAAUUUUUUUACCUACAGUUCACUUUCAAAGAAAAUGAAAGAGACACUCAGAACAUCACAACCCUGUGUGCUAUUGGGUGUGACGGUACAUUAGUGAUGUCACUGAGGAUGACAUUUUUCUUACAAAUUCAAGUCUUACCAGUUUGAAACAUAGCUUAAGAAUGUCAUGGGAUAGACGUAGGUCGGGCCUAACUACUUGUCAGUAAAAAAAAAUGUAGAGAAUUGGCUAUCUUUGUUUUGAUAGGAACACUUUUCUAGCCAUCUACCAUACGUUCUGUUCAUAUUGUUUUGAGUAUGUCUUUCACACUAAGAACAUGACCUCUUGUUCUGGCAUUCUUGUUGUUUCUACACUUUUAUUCAUUCUUAUUUGAAAACUGUUUAAUAUACAUACUUGUAGUGAAACAUUAGGGUUAUAGUAUUAAAGCUGUUUAAACUAACCUUUUAAUCAAUAUUUUAGUUAUGUUCUGCCUGUAGAACUGUAAACAAUAAAGCUGGAUAUACCUUAAAAUUAUCGUUUUUCUUUUGUAUUGAAACGAAUAGUAUUCAUCAUUCUGCAGAUUAGCCAUAUUGAUGAUAAUAAUAGUAACUAUACUGUACUUAGCUGAAAAACAGAAAUGUAUUCAUAUUUAGUAUGUUGAUUAGUAGACAAAUGUAUACUAAUUGAUAAUUAAAAUGAUAAAAAAAAUGCAUAUUUUAAACAAAAAAAUAUAUACAGUAUAUAUAUAUAUAUAUAUAUAUGAUUCACCUUUAAAAUGUACAAUCAGUUUGGCUUCUUGUUUUAGGGAUAUGUUUGGGACAGUACAAUGUAAAUAAUGUGCCAUUAUAUAUACCUACCCCAGUAAUGGGUUUUAACUGAUAUCCCACUGCAGAAUUAUUUCAUAGCCUUCCAAUCAUCUCGCACAUCUGCAGCUAUUUUUACUUAUUAGACUUUGCUGGUAUGGGCGAUCAGAAGCAUACUGCUCCCACUAUUGGCAAACCCACACAUGCUGAACUCAGUAGCAGAGGUGUCACAUCUGAUUAGCAAAUACCAUCCAAUCAUUCUGAGAAGAAAAAAUAGCUGUGACACUUCUACUUUAGAUAAAAUAAAUAUGUUAUUAAAGAAACUAAUUCUGGAGUCGGCUGUUGGUUAAAACUAUAUAUAUAUAUAUAUAUAUAUAUAUAUAUAUGCUUUAUUAAACCCUCCCUUCAUCAAGUUAAUAGAAAUAUAGACUGCAGCUUCUGUUAAUAAUAUCUAUAAUUUCAUAUCAUUCUUUAAACAUUUGGUUGAAGUCAAAUUUAUGCUAGAAAAUGAUGCCAAGUGAAAGCCAGUAAAUGUGCCACUACCCAGUAUCAGAAUCAAAACAAAAAAGCCUGAACCAUUGUGCCACAAAUUAGUAAUUCUUCCAUUUGCUUACCCUUUGAUGCUUUUAGCAUUUUUUAGACUCUACUUAACCAUAAUAUCCCACUCACAACCAAAUGUAUCACAUCAUGAUAAAUAUUUAAGCCAUUCUCCUCUUUCAUUGCACCUUUUUUCUUUCCUGAUUAACAAUAACUUAAAGGGACAGUCUAGGUCAAAAUAAACUUUAAUGAUUCAGAUAGGGCAUGUAAUUUUUAACAAUUUUCCAAUUUACUUUUAUCACCAAUUUUGCUUUGUUCUCUUGGUAUUCUUAGUUGAAAGCUUAAACUAGGAGGUUAAUAUGCUGAUUUCUUAGAACUGAAGGCCACCUCUUUUCAUAAUGUAUUUUAACAGUUUUUCACCACUAGAGGGUGUUAGUUCAUAUAGAUAACACUGUGCUCGUGCACAUGAAGUUAUCUGGGAGCAGGCACUGAUUGGCUAAACUGCAAGUCUGUCAAAAGAACUGAAAUAAAGGGGCAGUUUGCAGAGGCUUAGAUACAAGAUAAUCACAGAGGUUAAAAGUAUAUUAAUAUAACUGUGUUGGUUAUGGAAAACUGGGGAAUUGGGUAAUAAAGGGAUUAUCUGUCUUUUAAAACAAUAAAAAUUCUGGUGUAGACUGUCCCUUUAAAGCCCCACAGCCAUAUUUAAUGUUUGCCAGUUAUAUUAUGUUAAAGUGAAUGUAAAUUUUGAUGCUUAAGUGCCCGCUUUCUAAAAAUUUGAUUAAAAACAGGAGCACUUUAAUUCAUCAAAAUUUACAUUUCACUCCUGUGAACAACUUACCUUUUAAACUUGACAGCAGCUCCAGCUUCCUCCGGUCAUCGCAAGCCAUUUCUGUUGUCAGAAAUGAUGGAUAGGCCAUCCUCCAAUCACAGCUCCCCCCCCCCCCCCCGGGGGAAUCAGUGUCUGAUUCAAAGCCGUGAUUGGAGGAAGCCUGAUUUCUCAUUUUAGACCCUGGAAAAGGCUUUGCGACGGGUGGAGGAAGCUGGAGCUGCUGUCAAGAUAAAAAGGUAAGUUUUUUUUUUCACAACAGGAGUGAAAUGUACAUUUUGAUGAAUUAAAGUGCCCCUGUUUUUAAUCGAAUUUUUAAAAACCAGGCACUUUAGCAUCAAAAUUUACAUUCACUUUAAGCAGAAAAGCUGUGUCAUCUGUGUGUUUUAAAGUACAAUUUUUCAUAAUGUUUUUGUUGCUGCUGUUUUUCCUCUUGUGUUGUCUUCAAAGCCAUUCUCUUAUUUUAACCCUUUGAGGUGUUAGUUGGUGAAGCUGGGCAGAGACGCCUUGACAGAAAUGGUUCUUAUACACAGAUUAGCAAUGUUACUGGCUUUUUGACAGCUGUAUCCUGCACUUUGGAUAAAUAAACGUCAUACAGAGUGGAAACGUUACAUUCUGCUAUUUUAUUUGCACAGUUUAAAAUAGUUUUAUAUAAAAAAAAUCCCUUAAGGAUAAUAUAGAUGCAUGCAGCCGCUGCAAAAAUGGAAAAAUGCCUCAUACAUGUGAACCUGCAGUAACUGAUACAGCUGUCAAAAAAGCUGGAAGCAUCACUGAUCUGUGAAAGUGCACUACUUCUGUUACAAUGUGAAGUUUCACCAACUGGCACCUGUAAGGGGUUCAAAUAAUGGCUUUGAAGUAAGCUACAGGCACAGGAGGAUUGAGUGCUACUUUGGUUGUACCCAGAAGUAUAAACUACCCGCAAGGUCUAGUUAGCCUACAGUGCACUUAGAGAAAAAGCUACUUCUCAAAAAUGUUUCAGAACACGUCUAGUGCUGUGUAUAGUUUAUUCUGUUUUAUUGUUCUUUAAAAUUAAAUUUAUUACAUCACUGAGUCUCUUUGAAUAAACUGCUUAAUCAAAUACGUAGUGUAUAUGAAACCCAGUGGUCAAUAUAUUGCUGUCCCUAGGUCAUGCUGUUUUACACCUGGUAGGAUGUACUGAGACUUUUUUUAAUCAGUUUAUUUUGCUUGUAGAACAUGGGAUCAUAGAACCUUUGAAAAAUUGAGCACAUGCCAGCCCGGUAGGUUUUUUGAAUGCCCCUUGUUCGUAGUUAACUAAAUACUGUUAUCUAGAAAAUUGUUAGCCCAUUCAUGGAAUAAUUUAACCAUUUAUUUGCCUGUCUGAGCUUUCUUCUAUCCUGUGCACAAUAAAAUGAAGCUAUAAUUACAUGAAACUCAAAGAAAAUAGAAACAACUAAAGUUAAAAUAUUUUGUUUAAGGAAGUUGUCCCCCUAAUUCAGAGAAUUCAUUUAAAGAAAUAGUAAACACCUUGUAAUUAGAGGAUCAUUCUGCGGUUUUACAAUAAAGUAACUUAUUAGGUGAGUGUGAUCAAUAGCCAAACCCCAUUUACCACUUGCAGUAUUUGGACGAUCCAAUACAAAAUUGUUACUGGAGUAAACCAAACUUGCCGCUGUCAAUUUGUUAGCAAAACGCACAUUGUUUUUGCAUUCUUAUCUCCACUGAGGCAGAUAUGUGGCAUGGUUAGGCUGAUGAAGUCUGUAGUGUGCUUGUCUAAUUCUCAGAACUGGAAAACCCUUCAAUAAGCUUACAGGAAAUGAAAGCAAAAUAUAGUAUAAAACUUUUUUUUUUACUUCACAUAAUUAAACAUUUUAUAUUAAUAUCUCAAAGUGUUUGACCUUUAAAUUGUAAUCUAGUUUUAACUGCCCCAUAAGCCAUUUAUGUAAUAAAAAUAUCUAGGUUUACAGUCAAGACCAUUGCAAAGUAGUUAGAUUCUUUUGGAAUUGGUGGUGAUACUGGAACUAUUAUUGUAACUUUUGUUUAGUGGAUUAUUUAAAAUAAAUAUUUUUAACUGCUUAAUGCCAUUAGGAUGUUCCAGGGGGGGGGGGGGGGGGGCUAGCAAUGUAGGAAGUCCGCCAAGAUCCGAUCCCAGCCUUGGAAAUCACUUGAUUGCAACAACUAUUGUGUGAUUUAAUUUUUCAAGUGAGUGUUUACAUCGGAAUUGUGCUCUGAUGUUAAAUAAUUGUCCCUGGCAUGAAGGGGUUAAAAUUAAAUAGUUCAUGUUAACAUGGCUUUGGAUAUAAUAUACAUACUAAAUAAAUAUUAAAUGUUCAAAUAUUUCACUAACUAAUAUUGAAAAUGGCAAGUAUUUUUUUUUCUUCUUCAAAUACACACAAAUUGCAAAUAUAUGCACAUUAUUUACAAAAUGAAGAACUAAUCAGUAAUUUAAAGUCAAAUCCUCCAGGAUUUAGAGUAAACAUUUUGUAAAAAAAAAAGUGUAACAUGUUUAACACUGGUUUUGAGCAGCCAUAAUUCAAUAGGGGAUAUUUGCUGCUUAUUGAAAAGUUACAUUUUUUUUUUACAUUAAAUAGAAAUGCAGCCACAGUCCGAAAUGAGUUUUGCACAUUUUUAAUAUAGAACUAGAAUUGUGGUUAUGUGAUAGCUGCAGUGUUACUGAUAGGGGUGGCAGUUGUUAUGGGAUCGGUUGGGAAUAGCUGCAACAGUAAUUUACAAUCUUGCUCUUUGUGUAGGAAGAAAAAAAAAUAUCUAAAUAAGAACCAUGAUAUAGAUAUGUUUUAGCAUUUUACAUUAUUAAAAAUAAAAUUAAAGAUAUGUAGUGAAGAUGAGUUUACAUGGGUCUGUCACUCGACAAUUCUGGUUAUUUUAUGACUUACUGGAUGCACCAGAUGAGUUACUUAAAGGGACAAUCAAGUCUAAAAAAACUUUCAUGAUUUAAAUAUUGAAUGUUAUUUUAAACAACUUUCCAAUUUACUAUUAUCACAAAUUUUUCUUUGUUCUCUUCAUAUUCUUAGUUGAAAGCUAAUUCUAGGAGGUUCAUAUGCUAGUUUCUUAGACUUUGAAGACUGCCUCUAAGCUGAAUGCAUUUUGAUCACUAGAGGGCAUUAGUUCAUGUGUUUCAUAUAGAUAAAAUUGAGCUCACGCACGUGAAGUUACCCUGGAGUCAGCACUGAUUGGCUAAAGUGCAAGUCUGUCAAAAGAACUGAAAUAAGGGGGCAGUUUGCAAAGGCUUAGAUACAAGGUAAUCACAGAGGUAAAAAGUGUAUUUCUAGAACAGUGUUGGUUAUGCAAAACUGGGGAAUGGGUAAUAAAGGGAUUAUCUGUCUUUUUAAACAACAAAAAAUCUGAUGUUGACUGUCCCUUUAAGUCCAUUCUCCGUGCUUGAAAUCAGUGCUAGCUGUUGAGGCUUUUCAUUGGCUGUCAAGAUCAAACCUUUUAGACAAUUUCAAAAGAGAAAAUUGUAUGAAUUGCGUGAAUACCUUACACAAUGCAAUACACGGUGAAGCGCUAGCAAUAUGGUUUAUUAGUUAUUUCAUACGGUUAUAUAUUUUUCUUUGCACUUCAUUGACCACUUACCAAGAAAUCAUAGAAUUAUUGGUCAUUUUGUUUAAUAUUUGUGGUCUCAUAUAUAUCUUAACAAUGCUUACGUUUAAAUGAUGUUGCAUAUAUAAAUAAGAAAAUACAGAAUAAAACUGAUUGUUUAGCAAACAUGAUGAUAGGAAAUAUUAUAAUUAUUAAAUUACCUUCUAUAAUAACUCUCCUUAGGUUGCUUUGGGAUUCCACAAUAAUAAAACCCAAAUGAAUGCCACGUUAUGCUACAGAUAUGGCUCCGCUCCCCAGCACAUGCACUUUUCUUUCCUGAUUUUUUCUGAUUUUGUUUUCAAAUUAUUCACUGUAAUUCCCCAUAAAUGGUUUACUCAAUAAAUUAAGUAGUUUGUAGCUAUGUCAGAAUAUACAUGUUUCUAUGAUUUUAACAAAUUAAGGUAUGUAAUGAUUGGGUAAAAUAUGUUUGAUUGUACAAUUUGGCUAACCAAUGAUAUAUGGUAAAGGGCUUGUACUAUGCACUUUUUAUUGACUUAAUAAAUGAUUAUUAUACAUGCGUA